AUGGCUCGCUCUUUCGCUACCGUCAACACUUUCUCUGCUCUUCUCCUCAACGGAUUCUCCAACGCUCUCACCAGACGCGGGUACUCUGUUGCAACACGCAGCGCGACAAGGGGAGGAGUGGCCUCCAUAGCAGGCAAGACAGGGGAAGAGAAAGGAGCGUCCACAUACGAGGUUUCGUGGGUGCCAGAUCCUGUCACUGGUUACUACAAACCAGAGAACAUCAACGAGGUUGACGUCGCCGAUUUGCGUGCUACCCUUCUUGGCAAAAAGUUCAUUAACAACUAA